AUGCAACACCAAGGCGAUACUCCCGUUACCUAUCUCAACAAGGGUCAAUUUUAUACCAUCACGCUGCAGGACACAGAGGAGUAUGAUGGCGAAAUCAAUAGCGUAAUCAAAGUUACGUUUCAUGAGGAGCCACAUCGGAAACUGGCGGCUCGAUACUGGAGCUUCUGGUUGAGCCAACAACAAAAUCCAAAGACAGCGCGAGCAUUGGAUAUCGAAAAGGCAUCGUCGACGGGGAUGAUGGAAGUUCAGUCCAAGACGUUUGAUAGGAUCUCUUUCAAAUGGAAUGGAAAGGCAGGAGCCAAAUUGAUGGUUCGAUUCAAUUGCCUCUCAACGGACUUUUCGCGCAUCAAGGGUGUCAAGGGUAUUCCUCUUCGAGUUCAUAUGGAUACAGUACUUCCAGGAGGAAGUGUCAAUAAUAACAACAGUAGCCAGGGAGAUCAAGAACACCAGAUUGAACGUUCAUAUGCCAAGAUUAAGCUUUUCAGAGACAAGGGAGCGGAAAGAAAGAAUAAGGAUGACCAUAAGCACUUGGAAAAGAUGUGGGAUAAGAUGCGAGGCAAGAAUGCAGAUACCAAUCCAUUGUCUCAAGUCUUGGCACCUGUACAGAGCGUAUCAGUCUUUUGGGAAUGCCUGGAUCAUCAGGAGGACACUGGCGAGGAUGAGACCUUGGACCUGUCUGAGACUUUAGCCCACGAGACCUUGGACUCUGAGGACGGCAGCCAGCACAAUCCAUCUUCCUCAGCAGGAGGUACGUAUGGGGGGGUAGGAGGUAGUAAUAGUAGUAGUAAUGGUAUUAGUACUACUGGUGCUAAUCUCAUCUUUAACAACAAUGGGGUGAGCGCAGGGUCAGAUUCUGUGAGUGGAUUACUGACUCCAAGCGACGAGUCUGGUGGGUUGUCUUCAUCUGGUGAUUCAAAUGCCUUGGUCCCAGCCUCUAGAAAGCGACGUCGACCCAAUGAUACUGGUGGCGGCGUACAUAAUAUUUCGAACAUGUUACCGAUGGAUCGUUGGAAUCAAUACGGAGGCGGCGCUGGCGGCGGUGCUGGCAAUGACGGCCUGACAUCGGAUCAGUUACUGGACCGAGAUCCGACCUAUGUCCCUCAGAUGCGCAAGAAGAAGCAGCCGGCAUUGUGUCUUUACAUCAAAAUCGGAGGCGAAUCUGUAUACAGAGCCGUGUAUCUAGAGCGAUUGACAUUGGCAGAGUUGACUCAAAAGCUAUCGGAGAAGCUAGAGAUUCAAUCGUCGACGAUCUCGGGUGUGUACCGCAAGACGACCAAGAAGGAGUUGCUGGUUCGGGUGGACGACUCGAUGGUUGCACAGAUGACCGAUGAGCUGGACAUGGUGGUUGAGUAUGACUUUAAUCAGUUGGAUGGUAGCGUCAACUUGACACUUAAAUACUAA